AAAGGUUGUAACGACGUUAUCGGCCACGCCCUCUCCGGAAAAGGAGGACAGGUUGAAGAUGGCGCUGUCCCUGAAGUACAUUCUCCGCUCAGGAAGGAAUGCUGUGUCGGUUCUUCGGCGGCAGGCCUUUCAUGGGAGCGCCCCGGCCGCGGUGCAGGUGACUGUUCGUGAUGCGUUGAACCAGGCCAUGGACGAGGAGCUGGAGAGGGAUGAGCGGGUUUUCCUCUUGGGAGAGGAGGUGGCUCAGUACGACGGCGCCUACAAGGUGAGCAGAGGUCUGUGGAAGAAGUAUGGAGACAAGCGCAUCAUCGACACUCCAAUUUCUGAGAUGGGCUUUACUGGUAUCGCGGUGGGAGCAGCCAUGGCCGGCUUGAGGCCCAUCUGUGAGUUCAUGACCUUCAACUUCUCCAUGCAAGCCAUUGAUCAGGUCAUCAACUCUGCGGCCAAGACAUACUACAUGUCUGCUGGCCUGCAGGCGGUUCCCAUUGUCUUCAGGGGGCCCAACGGGGCGUCAGCCGGCGUGGCUGCUCAGCACUCUCAGUGCUUCGCCGCCUGGUACGCUCACUGUCCAGGUCUGAAAGUUGUGAGUCCGUGGAGCUCAGAAGACGCCAAAGGUCUCCUGAAGGCUGCGAUCAGAGACGACAACCCAGUGGUCUUUCUGGAGAACGAGCUGCUGUACGGUGUUCCCUUCGAGAUGUCCGAUGAGUCUCAGUCGAAAGACUUCAUCAUUCCUAUCGGCAAGGCAAAGAUUGAGAGACAAGGGACUCAUGUCACGUUGGUCUCUCACUCCCGCUACGUUGGCCAUUGUCUGGACGCCGCCGCCGUCCUCACAAAGGAAGGAAUUGAGUGCGAGGUGAUCAACCUGCGGACGAUCCGUCCUAUGGAUGUGGAGAGCAUUGAGGCUAGCGUGAUGAAGACCAACCAUCUGGUGACAGUGGAAGGCGGAUGGCCACAGUUUGGUGUUGGAGCAGAGAUCUGCGCCAGGAUCAUGGAAGGUCCAGCCUUUAACUACCUGGAUGCUCCGGCUACCAGGGUGACGGGCGUCGACAUUCCCAUGCCAUAUGCUAAGAUCCUGGAGGACAACAGCGUGCCACAGAUCAAAGACAUCAUCUUCUCAGUCAAAAAGACUCUGAAUAUUGCUUGACCACACUGAAGAGCCGCUCAGGACAAAAAAAAACGCCCGAAUCCUCUUGACAGUAUGUGUUGUCACACACAGGUGUUAGUGGUAAAACAUUAAAACCCACUUUGUAAAUAAAAUUCAAGCUUUCCUUACAAAUGCUCCCAGUCACUUGACGGAACACCGUCUGCACUCAGAGCUGCUGAGAUGCUCUGCUUGAGUCAUCACCUCCACUGCAAACCAAGUAAACUUCCUCUUCAAAAUAAAAAUGUAUUCUUAUUCCAGUUUGAUCGUUGUGACAGUCAACAGGCCAGAAUUUGAGCCUUUUGUUGUUUUUACAAGUUCACUGAAUUCAUGAUCUUUAUUAAAUGUUAACUUAACACCCAUCCUACUCUAUAAAUGUUGUCAAUAAAUUGUACCUGGGAGUAAACUGAUGAGGCAGCUGAAGGUCAGCAGAAUUAUUUAAUGUAGCCGCAGUUUCUUUGGAUGUUUUGGUUGCUGUAAAUGACUGUUACGCAAAUAAAACACUUAGUCAUC